AUGCGUCUUGAAUUUUUCAGCUCCCAGAAAGCGUCAGUAUUGAAAAAUUUUGGAAUCACAGCUUAUCACAGGGCAUUUAUCUUUCGCAAUAGUUACACCAUAACGAUUCUACAACUUGAAGACGUUUGCGUUGAGAAGGAAACUAGAUCGAACGUAAAGUUUUGGCAGAACUCCAAAAGUUUGCGCCACCAAAGUGACAAAUUUAAAUGCUUAGACCAACCUGAUACAGCUGGUAAUCAAAAACUGAUGAGAGAUACAUGUUGGAAGUUAACAAUUCUGGCCUUAGGCAAACAAGUCGCAGCGUCACAUAUGAGUGACGCUGGUAGUAAACGUGUAACUAUAAAUGAAAUUUGUGUCUUCCACCAUGCAGAAGUGUCUAUGAUGACGUGGUGCACCCUAAACAUUACUUUUAAUCUAAAUUUUUUAAGGGAUGAAUACUACUUGAAGGACGACUUGGAAACAGUGUCGAAUUUGAUAAUGACAACCGAAAGGGAUCUAGAUUUAUUCAGAGUUUAUAAAAACUUGCCUACAAAUACUCAACUCAUCCAUUUUCGCAAAAUUGUUUUAAAUUGUGAUAUUAUAAAUUCACCACCAGCGUCACAUAUACGUGACACAUGUCACUUAUCGGUUAAUGAUGGCUAUGAUUGCAUGAAGUCGUGUCAUUUGCUUCAGAAGACUCUAACAAAAGAAAAAUGUUUUUGGUCUUAUAGCGAUCUUGCUUUUAUUAUUUGA